AUGGCACCCGAUUCAGUGACGAAGGGCGAUGCCUUUGCAUCGCUGUCCCGGGAUGGACAACAGGGGCAACAGACGACGGCAACAGCAGCGGCAGCGCCAACUCCACCAGAGCUGUUGCCGGCCUCAUCGGAUGCCAUGCGCCUGUCCAUGCUAGCACCGACGCGACUGCUGCUCGGAUCGCUCGCUUCAACCAUGAUUGGGUUCAUGCUGGGAAGCUUCCAGGGUGGGCAGAUGGCCCAGCUACGAUUCCGAGCAGAGCACGCGCACAAGAUGCCAGACACGACUACGGGCUGGUACUUUUACCACAAGUCGAAAAACUACCAUGCGAUGCAGGGCGGCAUCCGUGAAGGAUUUCGGAUGGGGGCCAAGACGGGGUUCUGGAGCUUUGCGGCGCUCAGCUUGGAGACGACAGUCGACCGCAUGCGCGGAUGCAGCGACAUGCUUUCGACAGUUGUGGCGACGGUGUCGGUGGCGGGUAUGUUCUCAUUGACACAUCGAUUCUCGUUGUCAGCAGCAGCGCGCACAGCACGAUACGGUUUGUUGUUUGGAGUUGUGUACGGGGGUGUGCAAGACUUGUCGGCGCUCGCCCGUGGGCGACCGGUUGGCUACGUGGAGGCCAUCCGACGUCGGUUGUCCCGUGCUUAA